GAAAAUUAUCACGGUCAUGUGAUUUUCAUGGACACUACAGCUGCAGAACAUCGGGAGACCGUUCAGCAAUAAUUAUUAUUAUUUUUUAUAUUUUCUGCUGGGUAAUAUGUUGUUAGUAUUAACCGAUGAGCACAAAGAACACCUGGGAUUUCUACCCCAGGUGGACUCUGCGGUGGUGGGUGAAUUUGGACGAAUAGCGGUGGAAUUCAUGAAGAAAGGCUCAAACCCUAAAAUUUACGAGGGGGCAGCGAGAAAGUUAAAUGUGCCAGUUGAAACCGUUCAGCACGGAGUGGAGGGCUUGAUGUAUCUCCUCACGGAGAGCUCCAAGCUCAUGAUCGCCGAGGUAGAUUUCCAGGACUCCGUGCUGGUGUUGGGCUUCUCUGAAGAGCUGAACAACCUGCUCCUCCAGCUGUACCUGGACAACCGGAAAGUGAUCCGGAACAUUCUGCAGGAGCUGGCCCCAUCCCUGCCACACUACCAUAACCUGGAGUGGAGGCUGGAUGUGCAGCUGGCCAGCCGGGCCCUGCGGCAGCAGGUGAAGCCGGUGGUGACCCUGAAGCUGCACUUGGAGACGGAGGGGACGCAGAGCGCCCGCGUGCUGCAGACCGACCCCGCCACCCUGCUGCACGUCAUCCAGGAGCUGGAGCGUGCGCUGGCCGAGGUCAAGACUACCCACUGCCGCAGAAUCCUGCGCAACAUCAAGUAGCCUCCCCGCCGCACGCCGCUAACGGCUACUCGGCAUCAGGGACCGGAGGAGAGGCGAAGAAGGGCAGCUUUCACAUCCAAACACCAUGGCACUUGCAAUGACACCACUCUACUGCUCUUAACGUUAACGGAAGAACUGCAUUGAACCGUUUUUGUUGUUUUUUUUGUGUUAUUUUGUGUUGCUAUGUGUCAGCGAAAUUGUACAUCACGUACCCAAAUUGGAAACCGCUUGCCUUUUAUCUUCCAGAUAGGUAGUUAUUGCCGGUUCCAUAAAUAAUAUGGUUAAGAUGGCUUUUGCCAGCCAUUCCAGGAAAAAGACACAGGAUUAUGGAGCUGGGUCUUUAAAAUGACAUGUUGGGUAAAGGUUAGUCUGGGCCUUUGCUCCGUUACCUUGAAUGGUUGGCAUGUCUGCACUGCCACUAAGUUGAUUGAAUAACACGAUGUCACUCAGCGUGAGUGCAGGUGUUACUGGGUCACACUACUGCUUAUGACUAGCUAAAGGGUAGAUCCUGAAAAUAUUUUAGAAACCCUGCAAGCUUGUGUACAUAUAAAACCACAACAGAAAGGCACCCACAUAGCUCACACGUACAUGGAGGUCGAAGAUGGCAGAUGCCAAAGUGCUUGCUGAGUCAUUGCCACUGUCACUGGCUGCCAUGCAUAGUAGAACUACCCCAGGGAGGAUGCUAUUGAG